CGACAAACUCGCAUUUGCUCAUCCCGGAUUCCUCCUCUCGAUCCCGUUCCCAUCCACAGACGCUCCCAACCCCAAAGUCCAAACCAAACCAAAGGCGCCCGGCCUUUUCCUCCCGUUUCCCCACACGCUCUCUGCUCCCGAACCCCGACCCGAAAGUCGCUUUCCGGGCUGCACUGCCCCCCCUUCGUUACUACUAGGGUUUUCCGUUUUCUUUUCUCUGGCCAUGUCGCGCCCGCUUGUCCCCUCCUGACUCGCCUCGGGCUCGGGCGCCUGGCCUCCCUGGUGUGCCGAUUCUCUGGCCAGCUUCCGCUCCGGUUCCGGACGGACCCCCCAAUGGAGGUGGGACUGCCGGGCGUCGCCGGGCGGUGCGGCCGCCACCCGGCGCAGCUCGUCACCGGGGUCUGCUCCUCCUGCCUCGUCGAGCGCCUCUCCUCCGUCCGCAGCCCCUCGCACCCGGAGAUCGUCGAGGUCGCCGCCACCGCCGCCGCCCAGACGGAGAUCGUCGAGGUCGGCACCACUGGCGACUCCGGCGAAGGCGGAGGGUCCGUCUCCGGCGCCGGCGAGGGCAAGCUGCGGAAGACGCUCAUGCUGCUCUUCCAGAUGGACGACUCCGGCGGCGACGCGGCGACCGCGAGUCCGCCGCCCGAAGCCGCCAAGGAUCCCGGGGUAUUCGAGGUGGAGCCUGGAGGAGGUGGUGGCGGUGGGGCUCGGGGGAACAAGUGGAAGCGCGGCUCGUGGCUCCGGUCGAUCCUGCCCAAGAGGGGGAUGAUGCGGCGGGGUAAGAAGGAGGAGGAGGAGGAGCCCUCGCGGCCGCGGGGGGAGGUGUCGGUGGAUCCGGACGGCGGCGGCGAUGCGCAGGUGGAGCGGAAGGCGAGCUUCCGGCGCUCGUUCGAGUGGAUGGUGUGCCGGGAGCCUCCGAGCAGAGGAGGCUCCCUUGAGCCGCCCCGGCACUCGUGGGACGGGUCCAUGGUGGGCAGGGCCUUCGCUUGCUCGUUCGCGUGCUUAGAGGAACCCCCUGAUGGGGUGACGAGGGUGAGGCAGAGUAAUGCAGAGGAAGCGGCUGGGGAGACCCGGGCGGCGGUUGCGGAGAGCAGGAAUGGGGGGCAUUCGGCUGAUAUGAGCAGCGGUGAGGUGCGGAGGUUCGGAGAAAGGAGUUGCGGUGACACCGGUCCGGCGAUGACUGUCUCUGGUGUCGGGAGACGGAGGUCCAACAGGUGGAGCAGGGUGUGGGAUCGGAGCAUCACGAGUCCACUUAAGGAGUUUGUGAGGAAAGGGGAGCAUGUCCUCGACCGGUCCUUCUCGGAGUCGAGGAAGGAAACCCGGAGGUGUAACAAUGGGGAGACAGCAGACAUCGAUGGCGAAAUUCAGCCUGGCCGCAAUGGCUUGGUUUCAGGUAGAGCAAGCCAAGUCGCAAGCAGAAGCUCGCAAGCCUCAGCUAAUGGGGAUGCGCAGAAUUUCCGCACAGAUUGGCUGAAGAAUAAGGAUUGCAAGAUUGGCAGGAGCAGGAGUGUGCAUUAUACUUCUCCUGGGAACAUGGAUAAUGGGAUGUUGCGGUUUUAUCUGACGCCAAUGAGAAGCAACAGAACCACAAACAGGGGGAGGAGGAGAAGCUCACGCUUGUUUGCGAGGGGACUUUUUGGUUUUGUUUGAGUGGCUAAAGUUGAAUACUAGCCCCAUGCCAUGCGUUUUAGAAGAUGGCAGCAGCAGAAGCAACUUUUCUUCAGAAUCUACUCGGCUUAUUAGGAUUGGCAACUUUGUAAGUUAUCCGACUACAUUCUUUCUGUAGUACAUUGUUAAGUCCAAAUUAGAGUCAAGAAGAUUUAGUGUAAGUUGCAGAUUUGCUGCUCUGUUCUUCUAAGAUAUUGCUUAUAGAUGGAAUCUGGACGAAGCUGUGCAGAUUAGUAUCAUAGUGUAAUUAUUUAUGUUGAUAAUAAUAUUUGUCUUAAUUCUUCUGAGAGUCUGAACAAUCUGUCUCAGUAAGGAUAUAUACUGUUCUAAACUUCUAUUAUGUUGCCGACUUGC